AUGGUGGCGCCCGCUCCUCCUGGCCGCCAAGCCGGCAAUGCUGGCACCGCUGGCACUUGCACAGCCCAGCAGCAGCAGCAGCAGCAGCAGCAGCAGCCCGUUGGAGCUCGUAUCACAGCAGGCGAUGCGACCACCACCACCACCAUUACCAGCCAAGGUGAAGUCCCCUCCGGCACUAUGGUUUCGGAGGAUCGCUUGAUGGAGGGCAAGUACUGCAUCGUCACGGGGGCGAAUAGCGGCAUCGGUCUGCAGGUGGCGCGGGGCCUUAUGCGGCGCGGGGCCCACGUGGUCAUGGCGUGUCGCAACAUGGCCACAUGCGAGGAAGCGGCUGCCGCGCUAAGGGCUGAAGGCCUGGCCGGCAGCUGCGCCUGCAGGGCGAUAGAUCUAGAGCUGCGCGUUGGCCCACGGUGCCCAUACCCGCAGGACUUUAGCUCAAUCCGUGCGUUUGUACGACAACAAUCCACUGAGCUGUCGGCUGGUACGGCAACACCUGGCAGAGGACCGGGACAACCGCGCCACGUGGAUGUGCUGGUCAACAACGCGGGUGUUAUGGGUGUUUCUCCGGCGAAUGACGGCUCGGACCGCCACCUAACAGCCAACCACCUGGGGCCGUACUUGCUGACGCGGCUGCUACUGCCCCACAUGACCCACGGGUCGCGGAUUGUGAAUGUCGCCAGUCGGGCCCAUUACGGCGGGUCGCUGUCGCUGGUUUCGGGGCCACAUGGCGCGAAAGCGAUCCGUAAUGACACCCACCACUGGUGGUGGCAGUACGCCAGGUCCAAACUGUGCAACGUACUUUUCACGGCGGAGCUACAGCGACGGUAUGGGCACGGGUACGGCAACUUCUCGCCCACGAACAGAAUGGCUGCCAGCCCAGACGACGACGACGACGGCGGCGGUGGUGGUGGUGGUGGUAGUGGUCUUCAUUCCUCCCGCCGCGGUAUUGGGGCUUAUGCAGUCAGUCCGGGAAUGGUGGAUACGGGUAUAUUCCGGUAUCUGUUGCCGGCCUGGGCCCACUGGCUUAAGACGCCGUUGCGACCUUUCUUCCGUACACCCCAGCAGGGCGCGGAGGUGGUAGUUUUCGCCGCAAGCGACCCGGAACUCGAGGGUCGCGAUGCUCUGUUCCUUCACGACUGUCGGGAGAUGACCCCCUCG